GUGGAAUUCAAACGUGGCCCCAGUGCAUCAAGAGAUUGUGGACAACGCUGAAGUUGACUGCAGUCCAUGUGAAACCGGGGUUUGGGGAGUUUGGUGUUGUAAGGGGAAUUGUUUCUCAGGAGUAGUCUAUUGGAUGUGCAAGGUUUGCCAUUAUAGGUGUUCAUCUCCAAGCAAGGGAACUCAAGCAAGACCAAGAGAAUGUGCGAUAUAGGCCUGUUAUUUGUGAUGAUAUUUGGACUGUCAGGGCGAGUUCUGGCAAAAGACACAGACACAAAAGGAAGGUACAGUUCUCCUGUGUUGGAUAUAACUGAGAAGCAGCUUAUUUUAGAGAAAAACCAGACUCUUCAACUAAACUGCAUGGGGCGGUGGGAGCUCCAGUGGAUUAUGCCAUCUAGCAUUCCAAAAGUCUUCCAUGGCACCCAAAUAGAGGAGUCUCAAUGUGGCAAGAAAAAUAACCAGUACUGUAGCCGCCUGACACUCAGUCCUACUUUAGCUCAACACACUGGCUCUUACCGCUGCAGGUACCACCAAAAGCAGCGCAAACAAGCCUCUGUGUACAUCUACAUCACAGAUAACCAGCGGCCGUUUGUGAAGCUGCAGUCUAAGAGCCCAGAUGUGGUGUACAUGAAGGAAAGAAAGCCCUUGAUCUUCCCCUGCAGGGUAACAAACCCUAAAGCCAAAGUCUCAUUGGUCAAGUUUCCUGACCAUCAGUUAGAGCCUGAUCAUAGGAACAUCAUCUGGAACAGUAGGCAAGGUUUCAUUAUCCGUAGCCCAACAUAUUUCUACAUUGGACUUUUCUUCUGUGAGACUAUCGUCAAUGGAGUCAAAUACACCAACAAUUUCUUGACUCACAGGCCAGUAAAUAAGAUCCUGAGUGUGUAUUUGAACAGCACAGAUUUGGUCCACACAUUACAGGGGGAGAUGUUAGCACUGAAUUGUACUGUUACAGCCGAAUGGAACUCCAGGGUGUCCAUUAGCUGGGCCUACCCAGGAAAGGCGAAUGGCUCUGCUACUAUCAGCAGACACAUAUCAAGAAGCAGAACCAACAUGCUGUUUUAUAGUGUUCUCACCAUCCCCAGACUAAGCAAAGCAGACAGAGGACUCUACAAAUGUCAUGUGACAAGUGGUCCAUCGAAGCGAGAGACUAAUACCACAGUUAUUGUCUAUGAUCAGCCUUUCAUUCGACUCAAGAACAGAGAUGGCCCUGUGGUUCAGGCUUUUGCUGGACAAAAAUCUUUCCGCCUAGCACCAAAACUAAGGGCUUUCCCUGCACCUGAAAUCACCUGGUUCAAGGAUGACAUGGUAGCGGCCGAGCGUUGUUCUCGUUACCAUGUUGAUGGGUUUUCUCUGGUCAUACGGGAUGUUGCUGAGGAGGAUGCAGGAAUCUACACCAUCCUCACUGGUAUCCAGCAGUAUGGACUUUUCCAGAAUCUCACAAUCACAUUGGUGGUAAAUGUGAAGCCACAGAUUGGAGAGAAGACAGUGUCCUCAAUGCAGCCUCGGACUGUCCAGCGAGGCAGCAGACAAGCCCUGCACUGCACCUCUCAUGGUGUUCCACCACCUCAAAUUCAAUGGCUCUGGCAUCCGUGCCCACCUAAAGGCCUUUGUGAGAAGCCUUCUCCUUCCUCUUGGACUAUAGUCAGCGAAAGGACAGAAGUCACGUCCACCCACAAUCCCAUUCUGAACAUCAGCUACAGACAGGAAGUGUUACAAGGAAAGGAUAAGACUGUAGGGGUUCUGACAGUUGCUGAAGCAUUGAUAUCUGGAAUUUAUCGCUGUGUUGCGUCCAACCUCAUGGGCAGAGAUGAACUAGACAUUCUUUUCUAUGUCACAGAUGUCAAAGGAGGCUUCAUCGCAUCUUUAGAGGAAGAGCCCAGAGAGGGCGGGGACCUUCGCCUGGUCUGUAUGGCAAAUAAGCACCUCUAUUCAGAUAUGUUGUGGUAUAAAAUGACGCAUCACACCACAGCAUCAGAGGGAAAUUCAGUUCUUGGAGGGGAGCUUACAGAGGGGGAGUUUUCCCUCACCCUACACCUCCUGCUGAAGAAUGUGACCUCACAGGAUUCAGGAACAUACAUCUGUGAUGCCAAACACCUGCUUACAAGAGAACGCACACAUCUAGAUAUACCAGUGGAGGUAACAGAUCUGCAGGCUCCAGUGCUGCUACAAAAGCUGAGUGAUCACAGUGUUAAUGUUAGCAACUCAGUCACUCUCCAUUGUCCCACUCAGGGAGUUCCACAUCCCGAUAUCACAUGGUAUAAAGACCAAAGAAAGCUCCACCAGGUGUCAGGAAUUAUGCUAUUCCCAGAGGAAGGUACUCUUCAUAUUGACCGAAUUACAUCUGAUGAUGAGGGAAUUUAUACUUGCAAGGCCACUAAUGAGAGGGGAUCUGUGGAAAGCUCCGCCCACAUUUGGGUUCACAGUUCAUCUGAUUCCCUUUCUCUGGAGAUCCCAACUCUGGCAUGUACUUGUGUGGUGGCCACUCUAUUCUGGCUGCUUCUCACUCUGCUGAUUCGUAAACUUAAACAGCCAAACAUUAAUGGCAGAGCAGAGUACAUGCCAAUCAUCCUGCACCCAGGGGAGGAGCAUCUGGUUGAGCACUGCCAUAGGUUACAGUAUGACGCUGCCCAAUGGGAGUUUCCUCGAGACCGCCUUAAACUGGAAAAGCCCCUGGGGCGAGGGGCAUUUGGGCGGGUGAUGCAGGCUUCAGCUUUCGGCAUUCGCAAUUCAGCCAGCUGCACCACAGUGGCAGUUAAAAUGCUUAAUGAUGGCGCUACACCCAGUGAACACAAGGCUCUGAUGAUGGAACUCAAGAUCCUCAAUUAUAUUGGCCAUCAUCUAAACGUGGUCAAUCUUCUAGGUGCAUGCACCAAACCAGGAGGGCCUCUCAUGGUCAUAGUCGAAUACUGCAAGUUCGGCAACCUGUCUGCCUACCUUAAGAGCAAACGAGAUGUUUUCCUGUUAAAUAAGCAGAUGAACAGAUGUAAGGGACGACUGCCCAGUGUGUCCAGCAGCCAGAGCAGCGCCAGCUCAGGGUUUAGUGAGGAGAGAGGAGAGAGCUCAGAGGAGGAUACUGGUUCUCUUCUAGAACCAAACAGCCCUUUGCUCCUUGAAGACCUGAUUUCCUACAGCUUUCAGGUGGCCAGAGGCAUGGAGUUUCUCUUCUCUCGCAAGUGCAUUCAUCGUGAUCUUGCUGCCAGAAACAUCUUGCUGACCAACAAUAAUGUGGUCAAGAUCUGUGAUUUUGGCCUGGCCCGAGAUGUCUUCAAAAAUCCUGACUAUGUGCGCAAGGGAGAUGCACGGUUACCACUGAAAUGGAUGGCCCCUGAAUCAAUCUUCGAUAAAGUUUUCACCACUCAGAGUGACGUGUGGUCAUAUGGAGUUCUUCUAUGGGAGAUCUUCUCCCUUGGAGCAUCUCCAUACCCAGGACUGAGCAUUGAUGAGGAGUUUUGCCACAGACUGAAACAGGGAACACGGAUGUGUCCUCCUGAGUACAGCACCCCUGAGAUUUACAGCAUCAUGAGGGCAUGCUGGGAGAAUAACCCUGAGGACAGACCCUCUUUCACCACUCUAGUGGAAAUACUGGGAGACCAUCUGCAGACAUGUGUCCAACAGGAUGGGAAGGAAUAUAUUCCACUAAACACUCUUCUUUCAGGAGAAAGCAACAACAGCAAGAAAACCCUUGGGACAUCAAGCUACAUCAACACUGGGCAAAUCAAAGCCAUUAGCACUUUUGAGGAGGAUCUACACAAAGAAAUCCAUAAUGACAACCAGUCUGACAGUGGAAUGGUUCUUCCAUCUGAAGAGUUAUUUCAGGUGAAAUGGAUGAACAGUUUCAAAACCAAAGCCAUCACCAAGCUCUUCACCAAAGAUCAAAACCAGUGUGGGAUGCUGCCUUGUAUGAAUAUUGCCCCCAUUAGAAAAAUCCAACAAGUGGAUGUUUCUAAUGCUUUUCCUCACAUCUGUUACUCAGAGAGCUGCUGCUCUCACCCACCAGACUAUGAAGCUGCUCUGCUUUACCCCCUGUUUUUAGCACACCCACAUCAGCCAACCUGAAUGUAAACACCAUCUAACAUCCAAUUCCAUUCUUAACACAGCUCAUCUGGACCAUUUUGCUUUCGGGUGCUUGUUGUGCUAGAUGAGACCGGUCAACCCAGUAAUUCUGAAUGCAUUCUUUUAUUCUUCACUCUCUCUUGACUUUGUGAACUUUUGUCUGCUUUUUAAAAAGCGUUUUUUAUCGUCACUUCUAAUUACUGAUCAGCAUUUAAUCUCAAAAUGUUAAAUUCCUGUACUUUAAUGUCUAUAUAUUCUCUCUUAAACCACAUAAUCCAUACCCCUUAAAUUUUGUAUUUGUUUAAUAGUCAGAGAAUAGCUAUUUAUUCAUGAACAAAUGAAAUGCAUUUAUUACAAUCACUGCUUGUAGGUACCAAAUGUUUUACUGUAGCGCAUCACAGUUUUUGUGCUGCAAAAACCAUAUGCUGGAGAAAUUAACCAUAAACUGUAUUUAUUUCCCUAAUAAGUAACCUGUAAAAAUCCUACAGUAUCUACUGUGUAUUUAAAUGCUGAUAAAACUUUAAGAAUCACUGGUUUCGUAUAAUCUUGGAUUUAGGAGCAACGAUAAAUUGCAGUAGCUUUUUUUUUUUUUUUUUUUUUAAAUGUCAAGGAAAACAUUUUCAGCCAACUAACAAAGGACAAUGCACAAAUGUAAACUUCUGUUAAUUUAGGAUGAACUUCAAAAAGACAAUAGUCAUUAAUUGUACAGUUCAAACAUUGGGCCUUUACACUUGCUUGGUUUACAAAUUUUAAACCAUGACUUUCACUGCACACACAUAACUAAUUUUGGUCUUAUAUUCAUGUUGUAUAGCCAGAACUGGCCCUCACAGUGAGUCUCAUUUCUCCCAAGAUUAUUUUCUCCACUAACAACCUCUUAUGGAGUUUUGUAUUCCUUGCCACACUUCGUCUUGCUCACUGUUAUUAUAUACUUAUUUUUAUACACAAUGUAAAAUUAUAUUUUCAUCAAACUACACAAUGACGACAGACUUAAUAGAUAUUAGUUUUAUUUUCUGUUAAAGCAUCAUUUUCUUUAAAGCUGCUUCGAAACAAUGCGUGUUGUGAAAUGCGCAACACAAAUAACUUGUUUUUUUUUGUAUUAACAAUUUUAAUUUAAGGAGAACAAUGCAAAUGGAGAGGCCAAAAUGCCUAAAAUAUUUUUAAAUUCUUCCUGCAAUGCACUCUCUGCUGUGUGUAGAGAAGUAUUGCAACAUUGUUGCAGUAGAAAAAGUUUGAGCGAUGAAACGAAGUUGUUUGGCAAUGUGUAUACUGGAAAAUCUUAAAAGGAACAGUUCAUCCAAAAAAGAUAAUUAUCUCUCAAUUGACACCCUAGUGCAGUCUCAGACUCUGACUUUCGUCUGCGUAAUAAAGAUUUUUUUGAAGGAUGUAUUUAUUGUAUGACGUGAUUUUUACGAGUUUGAGAUGACAUCACGAUUAGGAAAUGAGAUGUAUAAUUUUUGGGUUGAACUAUCCCUUGAACAUGCAUUUGCACCUGCCCUUAAAAUAGGUUACCAUACAUUGGAUAUUAUGUGCAGAGAUCAUCUGACUUAAUGACUCCCACAAAAUAGCUGCCCAUACAUACGGUUUCUGUAUUGCCCUACCAUGAAUUCUUUGACAUUAACUCUUUCCCCGCCAAACACGGAAUUUUCCGUGUUUUAUGAAAAAACGCUUCCCCGCCAAACACGGAAUUUUCCGGGUUUCCGUGUUUUAGGUGUUAUACGGUAAGGAAGACCCCUCCGCUUGUUUUGAAAGAGUACGCAACUCUUUGAUCAAAGAAACAGACUGCGAUCGUCUCAAACAUGAAGUGGAGUAUUGAGAAGCUCAAAAUAUCAGACAUAAACAUGCCUUUUUAUCAGCUUUUUGUCUGAAAUGUUGUUUUUUGACAAAACCGACCU